AUGAAAGAGAAGCUAGCGACUGACCAACUGGUUCUGCCAUACCAUCAGGAUGGAGGAACACCAAGUUUCGCUGAAGACUAUGCUCUGGCAGUAAAAAACCUCGAAGCCGACGGGCGCCCUAUAGAUGUUGGCCUCAUGGAUUCGUUAUACUAUCCAGUGCUAUCCUUAAGGACCCCUGGAGUCCUGGCAAGAUCUAUAUAUUGCUAUUCCUGGAGAGAAGGAGCGUGGACAGAGUUGAGACGGUUGCUAGAUAAACACACCUGGUUGCUAGGCGGCGAGGUGGUGGGGCCGACUCUAUUUUUAUCUAAACUAGCAGCUUUGGAACAGUCCACUCGUUCAGUCCGGCCGAGCAGCCCCUGCCUCACACAGGUGACAUCUUCUCCCAGUUUGUUCUCUCAUUCACGGCUGUAA